AUGAAGAGCUUCAUUUUAACCACAUUACUCCUUGUAGCUUUGCUUUGCCUUAUCUCUCUUCCAAUUUCAACAUUUGGAUUACCAAAGAUACCAUGGCCUAAGCCGUCAGAAUUAGCGGUAGGCCACCCCAAUCACGAAGGCUCUGGUCGCCUUGGAGUCUCCAAGGUUGGUUGGGCUUGCACUUCUGUCACAGACCCUAACGCACCUCCCUCGCCCCCAGGGUUGCUUCCGGAGCUUCCCAACAUCCCUGGACUUCCCAGCCUCCCGGAACUACCAAACAUCCCAGGACCUAACAUUCCUGGACUCCCUAGCCUCCCUGGCCUCCCUGGCCUCCCUGGCCUCCCUAGCCUCCCUGACCUCCCUUACAUCCCAUACCUCCCUCGCCUCCCUCCUCUCCCCGGCCUGCCACCCUUCCCGGACCUCCCUCGCCUCCCUCCUCUCCCUCCUCUCCCAGGUCUUCCUGCUCUCCCUGGCCUACCAGGCUUGCCUCCUCUGCCGCCAUUCCAGCCAGUAGUUUUGUCGCAAUCGGUUGAAAUGCAGAAGUGCUUGACGAAAGAUGAUGGAUCAAAAACCACGGAUAAAUGCUUUUCGCAGAUAUUCUCAAGUUGGGCAGAGAAGGAUUUUGCAUUGGACAAGGAGUGCUGUGAGAUCAUUGUAAAGAUGGACAAGAAGUGCAAUAGCCACGUUCACACGUUGUUCAAGAGCCGCUUCUUCGUUCCUCUUCUUCAAUACUCAUGUCACAUCAAGCACACCAAACACUAA